UCGCGAGACGCCCCAAGACUCGCGAGGCGUCGUCCGGGCCCGAGCAAUACCGCGGGUGGCAACAGGCAGCGCUAAGUGCGAGGGCCAUGGGGCGCGGGAGAGCGGUCGUGCCGGGGAAGACGCGGCCUGGGGCUCCGCAUGGCGUCCUUGCCGGGUCCCCGUAAGCUGCUUUUCGCCGGGCAUUAGGAAGCUGGGCUUUCCCCACCCGAAGAUGGAGGCGAAGCGGAAGGAAACGCGCAAGUCGUUGAGGAUCAAAGUCAUCUCUAUGGGCAACGCGGAGGUGGGCAAGAGCUGCAUUAUAAAGCGAUACUGUGAGAAGAGGUUUGUGCCCAAAUACCUUGCAACGAUUGGCAUCGAUUAUGGUGUCACCAAAGUGCAGGUCCGGGACCGAGAAAUCAAAGUGAAUAUCUUUGACAUGGCUGGGCACCCCUUCUUCUAUGAGGUUCGCAAUGAAUUUUACAAGGAUACUCAGGGCGUGAUCCUAGUGUAUGAUGUUGGACAGAAGGAGUCAUUUGAUGCCCUUGAUACAUGGCUUGCUGAGAUGAAACAGGAACUUGGACCACAUGGAAACAUGGAGAACCUUGUGUUUGUGGUUUGUGCCAACAAGAUUGACUGUGCCAAGCUCCGAUCUGUGGAUGAGAGUGAAGGGAGGCUAUGGGCAGAAAGUAGGGGCUUCCUUUAUUUUGAGACCUCAGCACAGACUGGAGAGGGAAUCAAUGAAAUGUUCCAGACCUUCUACUCUGCCAUUGUUGAUUUGUGUGACAAUGGUGGAAAGCGCCCCAUGUCCAGCAUGAGUGUCAGUUUCACCAAGGAGCAGGCAGACACCAUCAGGAGAAUCCGUAGUAGCAAGGACAGCUGGGAUAUGCUGGGCGUCAAGCCAGGGGCUACAAGGGAUGAGGUGAACAAAGCCUAUCGCAAGCUGGCGGUGCUGCUCCAUCCAGACAAGUGCAUGGCUCCCGGCAGCGAGGACGCCUUUAAAGCUGUGGUCAACGCACGAACUGCUUUGCUCAAGAACAUAAAGUAAGGUGGGGAGGAGGCGGCUCUCCUCCCCACCCUCGAGAGCAGGUGAUCAAAACCCUUCCUGAGGAGCCUGCCCACUUCCUGUCCAGAUCAGAGGGCUGCCUUCUGCUUCAUGCAAGCACAGUGGAAGCAAGCCCGGAUGAACCAUGAGAGGCGACUCCCCUUGUCACUGUGUGCACCUUCUUCACCCAAGAAUGGUUUCCUGUACUGUUGCAACUGGCCCAGUGCAGUUUGCUCUCCUGUGAAGGAUCCCCAAGUCCAUCCGAAUGGCAGCUAUAAUGUCCCUUCCUUUUGCCCACAGAGAAGGUGGCCUUGAAUUGAGUUGACACUUAAAGAUGUUUCUUAUGUGUAGAGAGGCUUGUUUCUGUGGUUCUCUCUGUGCUUUGUUGUCCCAGACUUGGUCCUUUACAUUCAGCCUCCUCUGACUUCUCCCUUUCCUGCCCCUUCCAUUGGAAUUGCCUUUGGACCCUCUUCCUCUAAAGGGGUCACGUCAGGCCAGCCAGGCCUCUGCUCUUCCCAUUGCCAGAGCGGCUUAUGGUGGCUGCCUGGGGCCCUUUCUGGGCUUCUGUACUGUAUGUGUGGCAUGGGCACACGUGGCAACUGGGAGGGGAGCAGUGGGAGCCUCCAUGAGCAGAACGUGCAUGGGACCACUGGAGCUGGGGCUCAGCUGGAGGGCUGCUCCACUUGCCACUUGGUGUGUUUACCCCUCCAGCCCUGGGGCCAGCAGAGAGUUCUCCGGACCUCUGGGCUUUUCCCCUUCUCCAUGUUAGUGGUUAAGUCCCAGGCAGACCAAGCUCCUAGAUUGUCUCCAGAAGACAUCUGCUCUAAGCCAGGUACUGCUCCACAACAGACUAGGGAAAGCUGUCGAGCUUGGAUUCAGGAAGUCCCUGAGAUGAAGGAGGCUGGAUUUAGAAUCUUGCCUGCUUCUUGAUUUAUGACUCAAUCUUUGAAUUGCAGGAAACUUCCUUAAGUGCUUAUCAAGCGAGUUUCUUGUCACUUUUUAUUUUUAUUUAUUGUUUGCUUGGAAAUCCUAAAAGUGACAGGGUACAUAAUGAACAAUGCUUCCUGGAAUUGGGACUUGUCUGUAGGACCGGAAAGGAGUUUCUCUCCACUCCCUCACUUGCCUGCAGUGCCGCCCCUGUCAUGGCAUCCCUUGCCAUGGAGAUAGUCUGUCCCAACACAAGACAUAGACGCCUGGAAGAAUUGGGGAUGGGUGAGUGGGCUGAGGCAUUCACAUCCUACUUUGUGGCACAACUCACAUACAGCCCUCCCUUUAUUUACUGGUUACUGGUGUUUCAGAUUUCACAGUAUAACAACUUGGCAAAGGAGAUCCAUCAGGGGUGGGGUGGGGUGGGGUUGGGUGAAGUGCCCAAAAGACCCCAAAUUCUGGGGGAAGGUGUGGCUAUCCCAAAUCUAGGCAACUUUAAAAAAAAAAAGCCUUGUCAGUGUUGGAACUCAGUGUAAAAAUUAUCAUUCUCAAGAUUGCCUUUAUAAAAUAGAGACUGAGUAAGUAAUAUGAGUGGAAUUGCAUCACGGUUGGCUGGCUGCAUGUUUCCCCCCAGAAUCAAGUGUACCUAACACCAUGGUAGAAGACGUAUGUCUAUAUCUUCUUUGUUUGCACCUUGUUUGCUGAUGGGCUAAUUUGACUGGGUGUGUGUGUGUGACCAGCAAGUCUACCUCUCUUUUUCUCCCCCCCCUCCCCCGGGCUAUCUGGAACAUCUCAGAACUGUGGAACUGGAAGUGGGGAAGAGAGAGGGAGAGGCACACCCGAGUGAGUAAUUUUGGAGUCUUCUUCCUCCUGCUCUUAUGCUUGUUUUGCUUCCUCUCGUCCUUACAAUGAAUUAAUGUGCUGAAGGGAAAGGAAUUGACCGUGGUCUUUGUUGGGGAGGCGGAGAUCUGGCACUUCAGAGGGGAGGGGACUUGCUCUGAGGCCCUGCAGUUGCCUCCCCUCAGUCUAAUGAAGUGACCUUUGCCACCUGCGAGCUUCAGAGGAUGACUUUCAGAAAGCAAUUGUGAGAGCACCAAAGGUUCUCUCAGGAGAGGCCCUACGAUUCGUUCUCUGCAGCCUUCUUUCCUGAGAUUUCUCUGAGCUGGAGGGGGAGGAAGUUCUCUCCUCUCCCAACCUUUGGUCAGAGAUGGUCAUGGAUGAGCCCUGUGGGCUGCGCUGCCAGGCAGGUCUUCCCUCCCUCAGGACAAUGCAAUUGUCCCCCCCCCCCCAUCUCCAGCCAAAAUGAGGCUCUACCCUGCAAUGUUCUGUAUAAAUAGAUAUUAAUCCAUAUCUGCACUUUAAAACACUGAUGCCAUCUCUUACUUUGGGCAAGGGUUUUAAGCUUGUAGACAUCUGUGCAUUCCCCCUGGUGUUCCCCCUUUUAAAAAUGGAGCUUGAUCGUCUGACCAUUGUAAAUGCCUUGUAAUGUAAACUCCCUGUGAAUUGAUGGGUUGCUGUGUUUUCUUGCAUUUGCACUUUUCUGCCUUCUGUGUUGUGCAUAUUGUGUGGCAUUAUUGAGGUCUGCCUUCACCCCUGCACCCUCAGACGCUACCUCCUGUUGAGCUUUUGACUCCUUGAGCUCCCAUCUGCAGCCCGUCCUCUGAGCAGGCUGUAUGUACGCUCCAGUCCCUACAAUCUGGACAUACAAGGGCAUUGCAGCCCUUCUUGGUUACCUCAAUAGUUGGUGCAAUUGACAAGGGACUGGAGCUGGCCAUUGAGCCUGCUCUAAAUGCAGAGCUGCCCCAAGGAAAAGUGCCAUUCUUUUUCUUGGACCCCGGGAAACAGCUGUCCACAUCCCUGCCUCUUUCAGGUCUGACAAUAUUCCUACCACCAUCCCACCCCUGGGUUGUGCACUUAUAGAAAUGGACAAUCAACACUGCCCAGGAUGCUUGAAACUAUAAACUGGAGAAAUGAAAUGAGACAUCUUGGCUAAUACAAAUGAUAAUGUGGGUGUUUCUCCACCUGAAGGCAGAUGUUUCCUUGGUUCUAUUCUUGCAUUCUUUCCCUUCCUUUUUGGGUGCAAGAGCCUCUCCAGCUUCAUCUCUGCAAGUCCGUUUAAGCUACAUCCAGUUGUUUUUGCCGAGCAAAUAUCAUUGGGAACUCUCUGCUCUGUAAUGUGAAGCUGCUUGGUUAAGGUGGCAAAAUGCUGCCUCAUCUGGGGGGGAAAAAAAACCCAGUGUGAAGAGAGCAGAGCAGCAAAUAUUAUGACAGGGAUAUCGCUGGGACAGAGCCUGUGCCUGGGAAGCUGUGCUCUCGAUUUGACGCUGGCAUGCUAAGCUGGAUGUGUGGAAGCCAGAGAAAUGGGGACCUGCUCAAGGGCUGCUGACCUCUUUUGGCUGCUUCAGCUGUCCAGCCUGCAUGCUCAAUCCGCCUGAGGCUUAGAUGGGCAGAGAGGGAAUCAGCAUGCCAAGAAGGGCACUAGUGCAAGCAGAGGGCUGGGUGUGUGUUUGUGUGUGUCAGGCAUGCAUCCGCCCUCCUUUCAGAGCCUUGAGUGGUAAUGACCUUGUAAGGGAAUUUCCUGCCCUCUAUCAGGAUUUACAUGCAAAAAUGAUCCCUUCCCAAUCCUUACUGUUGAAAGAGAAAAAAGCCCCAGUGCCAGAUAGAUAAAUUCCAAGCCAUAAAGGCAGGGAGCUCUUUCAGAAGCAUUUUCUAUUGUUCAGAGACUGGCCCAACCUUCCUUAUGUGACACGGAUGUGAAUGCACUGUACAGUAUUUACUGUUACACAAAAGGGCCCUCACUGUGGAUCCGCUGAAGGUAUAGGCCGACCUAACAAGCCAAUGGAAAAUACUGGAAUGCUGACACCUGCAUGUUCUUGUAUAGGAAACCUUUUGUUCUUUUGAAGUUCUGUAUUUUUUUACAAAAUUAAAUCAGAUUUAAAACCG